AUGGCAGCCAAUUUUUGGACUUCAUCACACUACAAAGAGCUUCUGGACCCGGAAAAGGUGGAUGUGUUGCAUCCAAUUGACAAGGAGAGGGGGAUCACCCUCGAAGAUUUCAAGCUCAUUAAGAUGCAUAUGGCCAAUUAUAUUGCGAGAUUGGCUCAAAAUGUGAAAGUGAGGCAAAGGUUUGACCUUAUUCGUAUUUGUUUACAAUUUUUGCAAUGA